AUGAACGGCGUCAAUGGCAACCAUGCUGCCCUGCAGCAACUAAGGCGAGCUGAAGAAGUCGAUGAUUUGCUCGAAGCAGUCAAAGGGCUGGUCGUUCCCUACAUCAGAGCUGCUGAUGAAGCCGCAAGUCAGAAGGCGACCGGCAACACCUCGGUGAACAUCGACGGCGUCCCAAGCAAUGUGCUGGUAGACACCCAGAAGCCCGAAGCCCUCGUGGAGAAGUUGAAGUUCUCCCUGCCUGAGGGUGAUGGCCUCGGUAAAGAGGGCUUGCUCGACGUAGUGCAGAAGAUCUUGAGGUACAGCGUAAACACCUGGGACCAAGGCUUCAUGGACAAGCUCUAUGCCAGUAACACUCCUGUCGGAGUUGUGUCGGACCUGCUCUUGUCUAUAUUGAACACAAAUCUGCAUGUAUAUCAAGUUUCGCCGGCAUUGAGCAUCAUUGAGAAGAUCACUGCACGAAAAUUUGCGAACUUGUUUGGCUUCACCGGCCCGCGAGCUGGUGGUGUCACAUGUCAGGGUGGCAGCUCAUCCAACCUGACUUCCCUGGUAGUCGCUCGCAGCGCGCUGUACCCGGAGACCAAGGCAACUGGAAAUGGCUCGCAUGACUUCGUCGUCUUCACUAGUGCACACGGGCACUACUCUGUCGAGAAAAGUGCGUUGACGUGCGGUCUCGGUGCCUCAAGCGUGUGGGCGGUGCCGAUCGACUCCGAGGGCCGCAUGAUUCCUAGCGCACUGAGAGAGCUGGUCGUGCGAGCCAAGUCGGAGGGCAAGACGCCUCUGUACGUGAACUCCACGGCAGGAACAACAGUCAUGGGCUCGUACGACCCUUUCGAGGAGAUCUCGGCGAUCUGCAAGGAGUUUGGAAUGUGGUUCCACAUUGACGCAAGCUGGGGAGGAUCCGCCAUCUUCUCGAACAAGCAGAAGUCCAAGUUGAAGGGCUCGCAUCUGGCGGACUCCCUUACUGUCAACCCCCACAAGAUGAUGAACGUGCCGGUGACGUGCUCGUUUCUCCUGACUCCAGACGAGAAGGUUUUCCACAAGGCCAACACUCUUCCUGCCGGGUACCUUUUCCAUAACGUGGAUGAGGCCGACGAUGUCUGGGACCUUGCAGACCUGACCCUGCAGUGCGGUCGUAGGGGUGACAGUCUCAAGCUGGCCCUUGCGUGGAUCUAUUAUGGUGCUGGCGGGUUUGAGAAGCAGAUCGACCAUGCCUUCUCGCUAGCAGAGCAUCUUGCCACGCUGGUGCAAAACAGCAGCAACUUCGUUUUGGUGUCGAGCAACCCGCCGCCCUGCCUGCAGGUCUGCUUCUACUACGCACCCAACGGUCAGCUUGCGGAGCAACCGGAGAACAACACAAAACGUACGAGCCAAAUGGUUGCCAGGCUCAUCGAGCGUGGUUUCAUGGUGGACUAUGCUCCAGGAGAGAAGGGAAGCUUCUUCCGCGUGGUAGUGAACUGCCAAACCUUGAAGGGAACCGUCGAUGGUCUGUUCAAGGCGUUGGAGGAGGUUGGCAAGGAGGUUGUGGUAUGA